AUGUAUAUUUCAUUAUAGCUUACUCAUAUUUCAUUAAUACCACAAAACACUUCAGGCUCAUUUUCUCCUGAUUAAUUGCUUUCUUAAUAUGCCCAAAUCUGGGAUGAGAACUCCUGAAGUACUAGCGUAACAACGUCUUUGGUGAUGGUCAGUGUUUUAGCCACCUAAAUGACAUCUUUGCUAACCUGGGCUUUAUCUUCUUUAUAAUCCCAUUUUGCAAAAAAUCUGAUUAAUUCUUUAUUGCUGAAAUUCCCCAGUAUGGCAAUUUGAAGCAAGGAUGUCCUUGGCUGUGAUCCACAGCAGUGGUGUAUGAAAUGAGCACAUCCACGAACUCGGCCUACUUCUGAUUCCCCAAGACAAGAGGGAGUCUUUACAUGAGCAGCCAGAUAGUGGGAGCACACAGGCUCAUGUAUCACACAGCUUUCCCUAAACAUGCCGAGGGGCUUCACAGUGGCAGCGCGGCGGAAGUGAGGGUCUGGUUUUUUGCUUUGAAAGAGACGAGAGGGGGCAAGGAAAAAAGAAGCAAGGCUGAGACCAGAACGCAAGCAAGGAAUGGGAGUCCACUGCAGGAACAAAUCCUUGUAGAGACGGGGACUCGGAGGAGGCAGCGGUCACUGAGCAGUAGCAGUAGCAGCGCAGCAGCAGAAGCUUCCAACACACAGAGAUUUAAGAUGAUUGGCGGCCAGCUGGCAGCACAGAGAAGGCCGAUGGGGACCCUUUCUGAAGACAGAAGCCUGCAGAAGACCAGCACCUACAUCGUGCCCUGCUUCCUCUUUGUGGAGCUGGUCAUCAUGGCAGGAACCGUUCUAUUGGCGUACUACUUUGAGUACACGGACACGUUCCCUGUACACAUCCAGGGCUUCUUCUGCUUCGACAAAGCCUACUCCAAGCCUUACCCUGGACCAGAGGACAACAGCAAGGCGCCACCCGUCCUCGUCUACUCCCUCGUCACCGCCAUCCCCACUGUGACGAUUCUAAUCGGGGAAGUGACCACCUUCUUUGUGAAGUCGGAGGGAGCUCAGGAGAAGACCAUAGUGACUGCUGACUGCUGUUAUUUCAACCCUCUCCUUCGCAGGAUCGUACGUUUUCUGGGUGUCUACUCCUUUGGCCUCUUCACCACCACCAUCUUUGCCAACGCAGGUCAAGUGGUGACAGGGAACCAGACGCCACAUUUCCUGACAGCCUGCAGGCCAAACUACACAGCUCUGGGCUGCCAUUCUCCACUGCACUACAUCACAGAGCGCCGCGCCUGCACAGGAAACCCAUACCUGGUGGCGUCCGCCCGCAAAUCUUUCCCCUCCAAAGAUGCAGCACUCAGCUUUUAUUCAGCCAUCUACACAGUGAUGUAUGUGACCCUGGUGUUCCGUACCAAGGGGACUCGUCUGACCAAACCCACCCUGUGCCUGGUGCUUCUGUCUCUGGCUGUGCUGGUGGGAGUGAUGAGGGUGACUGAACACAGAAACCACUGGAACGAUGUCCUGGCUGGGUUUAUCACCGGAGGAGCCAUCGCUGCCUUCCUGGUUUCAUGUGUGAUCAACAAUUUUCAGCAGACCCAAAAUGCAACGCAGACUCCUCCACCUCCACAGCGUCCAGAGCCUUCCAUCGGGCUGCCCCUCCUUACCCUGCCCCGUGUGGAGAGUCCACUCGAAAAGCUCCAGGGUUACCGUAUUCUGAGAUCACAUGACCAUCAGCCAAUCCCAUCCCCCACCCCUCCCGAUGUGCUCCUUCCCUCACGGCGUUGCCUCACCAGCGCAGUCUAGACCUGCCCAUUGAAGUCACCCCACCUUGCCGAGCUCACCCUGAAGGACGAAAUACUCUCAGACGAGUCAAAUCCACCCAGGUCUAAAGGUCCAACCAAUCACAGAAGGCAGAACAGGAGCACAUGCUCACAGCAAGCAUGGUUGAAACCUGUCAUCUGCUAAGGACCGAUAGGAGAUGGAUACAUGUCUCCCUGCCCAAUUCUGUCCUGUUUGUUCUCCAAGAUGGCCUCCUCUUUCUUUCAGGUGAAAAAGACCCAAUGGAAGACUCGCCAAAGCCAGAGCUGAUGAAGCAAUACUGUGUCCUAUUUCCUUGUCCUGUUGUUCUAAAAGAUCUAACAGUGACUCAAAAGACUGUUGGCUGGUGAUGACUUGAUAAACACUUGAUCAUUUAGAAAAACACAAAAGAGUUUGGGUUUUUUUAAUGAUCAAAGGACAUCCUUAUCACUGGAUAAUCGUCCUCAAAAAGACCAUUUUUUAACACUCAGGACAAUAAAAUGCGGGGAAAGGAUGGAGAACGAAAACUUUCAUGUCAUCAAAAUGCAGGCACUGUUGAGUGUAACAGUACAGAUCUUUUUCUAACUUAGAAGAGACUCAAUCAAAGAAGAAAGCACCUUUGGGAUAAAUAGCACAGAAGAACCUUUUUAGAGUUCAGUGAACUGUGUUUGUAUCUUAUUUGUUUUGGGGAAUAUGUUUUUUGAUCUGGCUGCUGACUGUACAGAAGAGAGAUUUGAACACACAUGCUGUGCUUGUGACACCAAAUUUGUUUUGGGGCAUCGGUUUAUUCAUACCUGAAGUGAAGUGAAUGACAUUGCCAUAUAAUUACUAUUCAGGUGUGUGUUAAUAAAUGUCUGUAGGUUAACGUCAAAGCUGUGAAAUAUUCAGAGUUUCAUCCAAUAUUUACAACCUAUAAUCAUAUCAAGUUUUUAUUUAGCUUGUGGAAAAAUCUCACUUUGUCUUGACUUCAACACCUUCAGUAUGUUCAAAUCUGUUCAUUACUUGAUCAAAUUCAAUCUAAGUUUUUGUGUUUUGCUCAUUUGGCUUUGCAUAAGCAUUUUUCUCUGACAACAUUCAGUAGAUGGGAAAUUCAAAUGCUGGCAUGAUGUGGAACUGCUGUGUUUCAGGCUGUAACGACAUGAAAAGAUACAAUAAGAUAUGACACCAUACCAUACAAAACCAAAACAAGGCAACACGAUGCGACACAACACAAUACUAUUCUAUAUCUAUCCAUACCAUAACAUGCUACAUCAUACCAUAAAGUAUGAAACUGUACACUAUAGUACAAUAUAAUUAAUAUUCAGAUUAGAUUUAAUCUUAAAGUUAUUUUAUAGGUAACAUUAAUUACCAUUCCAGCAUAUGCUGUUUCCUCAAAGUUAGCUAACAGGUCAUGAAAUAUUUUUUUUACCUUCAAUAUGGUCAGAUUUCCCACCAAAACUUCCAUGUAUUUAAUGUCUUUGUAGUCACUGACAGAUCUAGGAGCAGUGACAUGAUAAUAAUUUGUCCUAUACCAUACAUUUAUAUCACUUACAACCUGGUACACAGCAGUCCAACAUUAUAACAGUACUUAAGGUUCCCAAUCUGAGCAUGAAGUCAGAGGAAAAGGGCUUCUGUCGGCAUAUGGUUAGUUGCAUCUGAUGUUGUUGCCUCUGUUCAUUCAUGGCAUUGUUUCAGUUAUUUACAGAUUUUCCUGCAACAGUCAACCAUCUAUUUUCUCACACUGACUUUAAAAAGCCAGUGUGUACACAGAGGUAAGACCUCUGAGUUUUGUAGAGUUUUGUACAGUAUAUAGGUUUCUUUACACACUAUAUAAACUACAUUAUUAAUUCGUCUAACUUGUGUGCACAAGUUGACACUGUCUGAAGUUGUCUUGUAGGUACACAAUCUGAAGCAGAAUGGUAUAGAAGUGAAGAAUGUGAAAUCCAAAAGAGUACAGCCAGUGUGUUUGGCUUACGACUUGCUUUGGUUCUGCACCAUUCAAAAAGACACUGAAGGCAGGGAGACGAGUUAGAGAGACAGCAAUAGGCUAUAUAAAGAAGACAAUGCUAUGGAUUUAUCGUGUGUGUGUGUGUGUGCGUGUGCGUGUGAAUGGGUGUACAUUUUUGUGUGAGUGCUUGCUGGGAUUUGUGUGUAUUUUUUAAUGAGCACAUUGUAUGGCAGCAUAACUGUUAAUUUGGUUAUCUGUUUUCUUAAGUUAAACUGUCAAACGUAGCUGCUAUAAUGACACACCUGUGCUUGUGUGUAACUGCAGGCCUUUAGGAGGACCCCUGCUGAGGCGUCCUGUCAAUGCCUGUUACAGCAGAAGGUGCUCAUUACAGCUCUGAGAUUACCUUCAGUAAAACUCUUCAGUAUGAAUUUUUGUAAACAACUGAAGAGGUAUAAAACACCAUAACUGUCCAAAUAAUGUUACUUUCAUGUCAAAACGUCUCUGUUUUGUAUUUAUUUACCAAAAUAAAUCGUGAUUACCACA